AUGACAGGCUUCACCCUCCAAAACAACCAAGCCGACCUCCCCUCUCAAAAACCCACAGCAUCCUACUGGCACCGCAGCCCGUCGCAGACCCUCCUCGGCCACCGCACGACGGCCGAGCUCCCCGAGAGGGCGGACGUCAUCAUCGUAGGGGCGGGGCUCACGGGGGCGUUUGCGGCGAGGGAGGCGGUGGGGAGAGGGUUGGGGAGGGUGCUUGUGCUUGAGGCGAGGGAGGUGGGGUGGGGUGCUACGGGGAGAAAUGGAGGACACUGCCAGCCCUUCGUGUACGGCCAACAACCGCACAUCGCAGCCUUCGAGCUGAGAAACUACGCCUUCCUCAAGGACUUUGUACAGAAGAACGAAGUCCCCUGCGAUUGGGUCACGACCUCCGGCGUUCAUGGGCUGUACACGGAGGACCUUGUCGAGGUUGCCGCGAGGAACAUUAAGAAGCUGAAGCAGCUCGCCCCGGGACUUGCCUCGGUCGUCCAGCUCGUCAAAGCGGCGCCUAACAGCAGCAGUGAUGGAGAUCCCCUGGAGAGCCUUGGGUUAUCUGGCGCGAAAGGCGCCGUGGUGCAGAAGAACGCAGCCUCGCUGUGGCCCUACCGCCUCGUGGCAUGGAUCUUCGAGCAACUCCUCGCGGAAUCCACAAGCGGCGAUAGCAACUCGUUCAACCUCCAGACUGGAACACCCGUGCUCGAUAUCCAGCGCUUCAAACACUCGUGGAUAGUCCACACCCCGCGCGGCCAAGUAGCCACCCCGACCGUCCUCGUAGCGAGUAACGGGUACAUCUCGCGCAUCCUUCCCGAGUUCACGGGGCUCGUUGUGCCUGUUCGGGGACAAGUUGCGUCUUUGUACCCCGGGGAAAGGACAGGCGAUGAGGCGCUGAGGCAUACGUAUGUGUUUUUGGCGGCGAAGAGGGAGGGUGAAUCUGCGAUGGAUGAUUACCUUGUGCAGGCGAGGGGGGGUGAGAGGGAACUCGUAUAUGGAGGGGGGCGGGUCCGUGGUGUUGAUAAGGGAUGGGGGACUUCUCGUGAUGACGAAAUAGAUCCCGUGGUGUCGAACCAUCUACGGAGAAACUUACACCGCGUCCUUGCUACUCCCUCGUCCCGGGACUCAAGUGAUGAGAAUAAGGCGACAUCACAACAACCCGAAGCCGUCGACAACGCGAAACCAAUGCCCGCGUCCUUCGAAUGGACCGGCAUCAUGGGCUACUCCGCCGACGGCUACCCCUGGGUAGGCCAAGUCCCCCCCACCCUCGGCGGCGGCAAGGGCCUUUGGGUCUGCGGCGGAUAUACAGGCCACGGAAUGCCCCUGGCCGCCCUAUGCGCGAAGGCCGUCGUCGAGUUGAUAGGCGGGACGAAAGAUGAUGCGGUGGACUUGCCUGCGGAGUUCCGGGUCUCGGAGGAGAGGGCUGGAAGGGUGAGGGUAAGAGGUCCGAUUGGGAUGGAGAGCGCGGAGGAGCUCAUAGGCUACGUUUGA